CUUUCUUCAAAGCAACACAUUGUCAAUUUGCCGCAUUUGAAUUCAUAUAAGGUACUUCUCUCCGUACCCCAUUCUUGCCAGAGUCAUAAACUCUUACGUCGACUGAGAAAUAGUUAUUACUAUUUUGUUAUGAUUAGUAUGAUGAGCUCUGCACAAAUGUGCAAACAAGUAUGGCCAAAUUUGCUACAAUUUCGAAAUUUUCUUCAAAAGGACAAGGUUGUGGUGGUCAUGGGAGUCACCGGUGCCGGAAAAUCAAGACUCUCUAUAGACAUAGCCACUCAAUUCAAUGGAGAAAUAGUAAAUUGCGACAAAAUACAAGUGUACAAAGGUCUUGAUAUCGCGACUAACAAAAUAACAGAAGAAGAACGUUGCGGUAUACCACAUCAUCUUCUAGGUGUAAUUGAUCCUUACAAAGAAUUCACCACUAAAAACUUCUGCAACAUGGCUUCAUGUACUGUUAAUUCUAUAACCAACCGCGAGAAACUUCCUAUCAUCGUUGGAGGAUCAAAUUCGUUCAUCGAGGCAUUUGUCCACAACAAUUUUAGUACGAGGUACGAUUUUUGUUUCCUAUGGGUUGAUGCGUCUAUGAACGUGCUAAAUUCGUUCUUAUACGAACGAGUAGACAAAAUGGUCGAUCAAGGAAUGGUGGAUGAGGUAAGAAAAAUAUUCAAUCCAAAAAACACAGAUUACACCAAAGGCAUACGUAAAGCCAUUGGUGUCCCGGAAUUUGACAGUUACUUUCGUGCUGAACUAUCAAAUUCCAUGGACAAGCAGACUCGCGAGAGGCUGCUAAAGGAAGCAAUUAAUGAAGUGAAGAUCAAUAAUUGUAUACUAGCAAGUAAACAAUUAGAUAAAAUAAAACGAUUAAUCAACGUUAAAGGAUGGAAAAUCCAUCGAUUAGAUGCAACCGAAGUUUUUCGAAAACAGAGAAAAGCAGAGGAAGAAGACGCGGAGGAAAUAUGGAAGAAUAUGGUGAUGGGACAGAGCAGAAAGAUUGUGGCGAAAUUUUUAUACGAAAAUUAUAGGAAUUCAAUGGUUUAUAAAACUGAUGGGACAGCCAUUGCAUCAUCAGUCAUAGCAGCCGCAUCUCACUAUUAAAAAAUUAACGAGUCAAAAACACUUAAAUUAUUAUUAUUUUUCCCCAUUUCAUUUCUCAACUAUACAUUAUUCCAUUUAUCGACUUAAACUAUCACUCAUUUGUAUUAAAAUACACCUCGAUGCUGAGUUGGCCUACACACGUCUGCUCAGCAUUGAGGCGUAUUUUUAAUACAAUGGUAGUGAUAGUUUAGACAUGUAAAGGAAAUAAUUAGAUAUUUGAGGUAUGAAACUUACGAAGAAAAUGAUAAUUAAGGUGUGUUUUUAACGAUUAAUUUAAAAAAAAAAAAAGUUUGUGUGCAUGCAUUAAUCUGAAGACUUUUUUUGUACCUUAGUUGAGCAUGAUCACCAUUUUUGGGAGAUAACAUUCAUAUAUGUCCACUACCAGCUAGCUAUUUAGCAAUCAUAUAUUGUUUAUUUUAUUUUUCACUGAUCACUAUUGUAACUACAUAAGACUGUAACACUUUUGCUACAAUAAUAAUUGA